GCGAAUUUCCGACCCAGCAACCGUGCUUGUGCUUCUCCAAAAGAGACGCGUCGUGAAACAUGUCGGCCAGGAGCUUCCUUCAACUGCUGGCUGGAGCUUGCUUCAUCGCAGGCGCGGCCGGGGAGGGCGCUGGAGAUGACUUCUCCAAUAAUCUGUUUUCGGACCUAGCACCCAUCCUUUCGUUGUUUGGCGAGAGGGUCACGAUGCAGUUUAUGAGCCAGAGCAUGGGGUGGGCCGACAACGUCAUCCUGGCAAUGGUGCCCUUGGGCAUCAUCACGGCCAUCGUCAGCGCUAUUAGAGUCGGAGGUCCUACAUGGCUCAAGGCCAUCAUCGGGAGGGCGAGGGAGAGUCGCGCUAUUGUUGAAUCCGAGUUGAUGUCGUCCACCUCGAACGAAGUGUGCGAGCUCUGGAAUGGUCAGCAGAUUGUCAGAGUCAUGGGCGAGGGUGAAAUUCGGGAGUUCGUCAUCCUCGUCUCUGAUGAGUCGGACGAAACUACUCUUGACGAAAGGAGACCUGACACCCCAGCCUCAACGGCAGUCACAGUCGUGACGGAUGCAACCCCGACUGUAGGGUCGGAGAGCCAGGACACCACCCAUAGUUCAGCUGAGGGCAGUGAGCAUUUAGACGGCACACAAAGUGCUAGUGAAAGCACUGAGGGUUCCGACGACGCGCAAAGUACCAGCGAAAACGCCGAGCAUUCUAAUAGCACGCAAAGUGUCAGUGAGACCACUGAGAAUUCUGAUGGCACACGGAGUGCGAGUGAAAAGCCUGGGGAUUCGGACAACGACACAGCGGUAAAUCUCGAGUUUAUGGAACUGAGAGAUGACGAGAAGAAAAAGCACCUCGCUGACUUACCUUACCGUUCCUCGCCCCAUCGUCGCGGUUCCGUCACCAAAUACCGUCCGCCAGAUAUUGAAAAGGUUACGCCAGCCGGGGAAUCGCACGCAAGCUUUGAACAGUCGCAAAACAAGGCCCACGAUUCGAAAUCCUCAAAACGUCCAGUUGCGGUCGUCCGUGACACAGUUGUCCACACCCCAAAUAUCUCACUAAACAUUCGCAAUAGAGCAACUAGCCGAGAGACCUACGUGGUUGCCGCAUGUGGGACGAUUCUUCAGAUUUCCCUGCUCCUCGACAGCGGACUGACGGCAACAUAUCUCAGCGACAGCAACCUACUCCAAGAGAGCGCGCCGGCCAGUUACGCCUUUCCUUGCAUCGCAGCGGGUACCUUGAUGCUGGUAUGCGGUAUCACAUCAGAAAGGAGAUACCGUCCAGCAGCUGGGAAAGAGGCUCGAGUUGCCUGGCUGCAAAGAUCAGGGACUGUCAACGAUCAGUCUUUUGAGUCGUUUGCAGUUUUCCCAACCAAGGCUCAACUUGUGAUAACAACGUCGCAGAGGGUAAUACAGGGGCGAAGCUCGACGUCUUUUGGGAUCAGGAGAUUGGCAUUCUUCCGAGAACCAACCAUGGAGAUGGCAACUCUGGUUGCUACGGUAACCAGUCUUUGUGGCUUCGUCGUCCAGUUUGUGGGACUACGUGGGAUGAACUGGACUGUGUCUGUUGCUCAACUUGCUGCGACUAUUCUCAUGGCGGUCCUCAGAUCCUUGGUUCGUCGCAACCUCGCAGAAAGCCCGAACUCCCAACCACUUCCCCUUGGCCACGAACUGGACUGGUUGGCAAUGACUCUUGGCAACCCUUCGAAUGCUCCCUGGCUUCAUCCUGACAAGUACGGCGGGGAUGAGGAGAAGCGUGAUAAAUACAGCAGACCCUGGGCGGACCACGACGGCUGGGAUUAUGGUAUCAAACCUCUCGAGAACCCCAGGAAACCCGCACCGGAUUACAAGACUGCCGCUCGCCACUCAAGGGCCCACCGGGCGAUGUUGAUAAGACGAGAUCUUGGUGCACUGGCAAGGUGGCGAGGGCAUACGUCCGCAGAGGCCGUUGCUCUGGCCCGUGCGAUCGAGAUAGUCAUGGACUCCCUGGUAGGCCCUGAUCGUGGCACCGGUAUCCUUACUUGGCAUCUUACCUCGAUGAGUUGUGAUGUUCAAGAACCCAUCGUGUUCCGUGUGGUCCGGGAAUCCCGGUCGCGGGGAUUAUGGAAGGCUUCCCCUGACGAGAUCGAAGCUGCCCUUUCGCUGUGGUUAUACUCUGUUUGCCAAAGGGAGAACCGCCAAGAAGAGAAUGCGUACAACCCGAGAAUACGGCUCAGAGAUACUACUCGGUCACGAAACCAGGGAGCACCGGGCAAAAGAAACCUCAGAAUUAUGGGCUCGAUCGAUGCGAGAAGCCUGGAACGAGACCUCGGCUGGUGGUUGCCUGACGACAGCUAUACCAACGUACUUGAGCUCUCUCCCGAGCAAAGAAAAUCGCGGGAUAUUGACUAUGUUGUAGGUUACAUAAAACACGACAUAGACAAGGAAUCAACUCUGGCGGUGGUUUCACAGGGUGACUUGAAGACAUUGUAUCUUCACCACAUGUUCUCCGCCUUCAUGUGGGCAGCGGCAGCGGUAAUAGCCGAGAGUAUAGUUGUAUCGGGGGCUAUCUUCGGAGAAGCAGAAAUACGGACAUUCCUUGAGCGCAAGGGGCCACACCCACAUGCUUCCUGGGAAACGGAUACAUUUCGCAACGAAAAGCUCUCGACCUUGGUCCGAGACAUUGAAGGUGCUGGACUUGGUUGCGUUACCGACAUCUAUUUUGGGAUCAUCCCGCCGUUGAGCGCGUGGAAUCUGCAGCCGCCUGUUCACGCCAUUCUCAAACGCGGGCAGGAACUUGGGCAUCAGUUUGAGCAGCAAGGCAAUUGGAAGAAGGCCGGCUCUACUUUCGUGCGGUUAUUGAGGAGGACCGCCUUGUUUCCACGGGACAACAGCUCCGACAUCGCAUCCGAGGCCACGUCGCUCGUGAUGGAAUUCCAAAGGGCGCUUACUGCGACAGCCGUGUUGUGGGAGGGCCAGCUCUUCGACGACAUGGAAAUAUCGGAGCUUAUCAUGUUUAAAAAAUGGGUCACGGCUGGGGCGUCAAGGUACAAUGACCCUGCCAUCUUCCCCCGUCUGAUGGGCUUGUACGAACGGCAAGGUCGCGCCUGGAAAUGCGAUCUGGUGGCACACGCUGAGAGCUACCCUGGUGUAAACCCUCCCGAAUUCGGCUUUAGCGCGCUUCACGAGGCUGCUUGUAAUGACGACAUUGAUGAGGACGAAACUCGGCGCAUGUCAUACCCUAGCCCCAAGGAGGGCAUCGAUGCGCAGGACUUUCUAGGCUGGACGGCGUUACACUACGCAGUUGCUCGAGGUUCCCACGACGCGUUCCACUCCUUGCUUAAACUCCGAGCCGAUGUCAACACCCAAGACGUCCGGAGGCGAACACCGCUACACGACGCACACCGCCAGGACGACGAGCAGGCUGUCCGAGAGCUCCUACGAGCCGGAGCAGACAUCAACGCCAGGGAUACGGACGGCAUGACGCCGCUCCACGAUGCGGCCAUGCACGGCUCGAGAAAAGUGGUGGCCGCGCUCAUCGAAGCCGGCGCCGACAUGAAUAUCACGGACAACGGAGGGAGGACUCCCUUGGCCUGGGCUGUAUACAAGGGACAUGGCGACCUCGCCAGGGAGUACUUCUGGGACGCCACCAACAAAAAACAGCGGGACAAGAACGGCAGGACGCCGCUGCAUCUGGCUGCCAUGGCAGAAGGCGUGAUCCAAGACUUUGGGGCGCUCUUUAGCUUUCUCACGCCCGCCAUCGACAAGGAGGUGAAAGACAGGAGAGGUUUCACGCCGCUCCAUCUUGCCGCUGCCAAAGGGCAUCUGGCAGCCGUCCAGUGGCUCCUAUGGAAAGGGGCUAACAUGGAGGCGAGGGAUGAGGAUGGGCAUACGCCACUGGACCUCGCUGAGUUGAGGAAGGAGAGGAGUGAAGAAGAGGGGAAGGGGACGGCUGAUGAUGAAAGCGACGAAGAAUGGGAAUGGGAGCCGGGAACUGAGGAAGAGUGGCUGGACGAAAGUAGCGAGGAAGGAGAGGACGCCAGCUUCUACAAGAUGCAGCUAGACCCUGCUACGAUCAGGGGACUCGAAGGUGUCAUCCAGGCGCUGAUGGCGAUCUAAUGCUUGGUACAAUGAAAUCCAAUUUUCUCAAUCGGUGGCAACCCUUGAUAAUAAUG